GGGCGGGGCCAGUCGCCUUGCCUGAGAGCGGAGCCAGAGGCGGAACUAUACCUUCUUAGGCGGAGGGUCAUUCCAGCACACAGGCGGGAGCAGGGAGGCCGCUUUGAGUGCUACACCCAUGGGAGAGCGGCGCGCUUUUUCAACGAAGCAAAGGCUGCGGCGUCGGAGGCUCGUCCCUUGUAAGCUUAGAAAAGCGCCUUGCCGCGCCACAAUGACAUCACAUGUGGGCUUCACGACUUCUUGGCGUUUUAGGCCUCUCACUGGAAUCUCUGGAGGCGCUGAUGUUGAAAACUGCAUUAGAGAGGCUAGUUUCUUAGGUCGCGUAUACAUUGCCUUAUAAAAUCCGGAUUACCUACUUUGAACCGGAUUAUAAGCAUCUACAGCAGGCCUGGGCCAAGUUGGGCCUUCCCUCCAGGGGAUUCAUGAACACACAGGAUCCGAGAGGCACAAGAAGAGAUCAAACAGAUUUGAUAAGUGAAAACAAUCAGAUUUAUUUUGCCUGGUCAGACAGGUGAACAGUCCCCGCUCACGCAGAGUGUGCCUUGUCCUUAAAAUGGCCAUUAAAAAGGUGGAAAAGUACACAGCUGAUGAAACUGUGCAGAAAAAGAAGAAAUGUAAAGUUUCUGUAGAUACCCAAGUUAUCAUCAUAGACGAUGACGAAAAUGACUGUGAUGGCUAUUCCGAUUUACCAAAAAAGGCUAAGGUGAAGAAAAAGAAGAAUUUCCUAAAAAGAAAAUAUUCAUAUCAAGAAGGUACAAAGGAGAAGAAAAAGAAAAAAAGUGACUCCGAUAUAAAGAACAAGGCAUGUGCAAACCUUCCCAUCAUAAUAGAAAGCAGCUCGGAUUCAGAAGUUGUAAUGAAACAUAGGAAAAUAUCCAAGAUACACAAGAAGAAAGUCAAGCGAAGACUUUCUUGUGAAGGUGAUGGCAUUUGUGAAGCUCUUAGACAAUUUAGCAAAAAGAAGGAUCCCGGCAGCCAUGGAGAGAGUGCUGAAUGCAUUGAAAAGAAGAAGAAGAAGAAGCACAAAGCCACUUGCUCCUUGAUGUUACAAGGUGAAGACCAUGUAGUUGAGUCUCAGAAACAAACCAUCCGAAAUGGAGAAGCUAUUUCCCAGGAUGCAGCAUCACAUGGCAGAAAAAAGAGACAGACUCUUGUCAAGAAUAAAGCCAAAAAAAGGAAACUUCUAACUUUGGAUAAUGAAGGCAGCAAGGAUAGUAUUCCAGAUAAAAGAAAUGCCAACGCUGUCUACCAGUUACAGGGGGGAAAUGACUGCAAGAGGAGAGUUUUGGGUUGUAAAGGACACCAAGAUUCUGCGGCCCAAGUAUCAGAAGAAGAAACUAGAGUGAUUAGGAAGAAGCGGAAGAAAAAGAAAUCUCAAAAGGAGAAAGUUUCUUUCUUUGCAAUAUCGGCCAAGAACCAAGAAAACAACUGUGAUGUUUCUAAUAAGAAUCUUCUAAAACCCAAACUGAGAAAACCCCAAGUUUUUCAGGAAAAGAAAAUGAAAUUAAUCCUAGACACUGAAGGAGUUGGCAGAGUAACUAAGAAGAAGACAAUCCAUACAAAAGUUGCAAACAAUCGUACAGCCCUUUUGGAAGAAGAUGCAUUGGUAGUGAAGGAACACAAAAAGAAAAUAAAAAAAUGCAAAGACAUUAAUGAGUUCACAGUAACUGGUAACAGUGCCAGAUGUGAGAAUGGUGGGAAACAGCACAUAAAGAAGAGAAAAAAUAUGGACAGAUGCAAUGCUGACAAUUGUGAAGAAGAGCCCAGUUUGAAGAAAAGAAAGUUGAAAAAAGAAACAAAGGUAAGGGAAGAUGAAAUCAAAGUUGUGGCAUUCAAGAAAGGAAACUGCGAUGAAAUCAAUAUCGACAAGUCAAGGAGGCAGGCUCUCCAAGAAGAGAUUGACCAGGCGUCUGGCAAAACAAAAGCCAUCCAAGAGGAGGGGGAAUGGGAGAGCCGUUUUGGCCAGUGGAGUACCGCAGCGUUUGGGAGUUCAGAGCGGAAAGACAAGUUCCUGAGGCUCCUGGGAGGGUUUAAGAAGAGUUCUUCUGCAUCGGUGGCACAAAGUCCUUCCGCCCACGCGCCAAAACCAAACAUGGCUUUUGACUGGAAGAAGGAACAAAGCCUCCAGCAAGACCUGCAAACUGAGUUUGAGAUGGCUGUAAAUCGGAAACACCACAGAAACAUCGGCCUUGGAUUUCAGCCUGCUGCACGGAAACAUAUGCAGAUAGAUAAAUAUGCUUCAAAAUCUAUCAAAUUUGAAGACUGAACUAUUUGGGAAGGAAAGACAUGAUUCCCAAGACUGAUGGGUUUUCUUGGCCAUAUGGUAUCAAUGUGUCACAAUGUGCCUUUUUGGGCAGCCCAGACACAAGGAUCGGAACUGUCUUGUGCUUUUGUCCCAAACGCUAACAAUGUCAUAGUUUUUCUGUUUUGGAAAAUAUAGAUCUUACCUUGUUUUCUCAUGUGAGUAACAUUUAAAUCUGAUAAAGUCUAUAUAUGUGUCUAUAUGGGCAGAAGCCUUAUUUGAAUACAACUGCCUUUCCUCAGGUGAACACAGCCCAAAAGGCCAGGAAGUGGGUGGUUUGCUUUUAACUCUCUGUCCUUUCUUUGUUCCUUUGCCAUUGUACGUUAGUGGCUUCAAGAAUGGCGUGUUUGUACGUCAGUCCUAAUAGAGUGACUAUAGCAAAAAGUUCUCACUUUCCAAGAGACCAGAAUUAAUGGCUCUGACAACCCAGAAGCAGCAUAUACCACAACAUAAUAUGCUUUAAGUUCUAGAAAUACUAUGUAGAAGACGUAGUGGAAUGUCAUCUCAUUUGCAGACUCCUGAUGUAUCUGUUAUCCAAGAGAUAAAUUACCAAAUGCAGUUUGUCCAGCACUGGUAUAGGUCCUAGUUCUCAGUGUCUAUGUGGCAUAGACACCGAGAACUGGGAUGCCUGGCCCCUUGAGCGCUCUAACUGGAGAUCAGCUGUGACCAGCAGUCCUGCAGAAUUUGAAGAGGCACGAAUGGAGGGCAAAAGGGAGAAACGUGCCAAGAGGAAGGCAAGUCAAGCCCACCCUGACCGGGACCCCCUUCCAUCUGGAAGCUGAUGUCCUCACUGCGAGAGAACAUGCGGAUCAAGAAUUGGGCUCCACAGCUACCUACAGACCCACUGCCAAGACACCACAUCUGAAAGACCAUCAUCCUUGAGCUACGAGGGAUCGCCUAAGUAAGUAGGUCCCAGGGCAUAUGGCACAAAGUUUUGGUGUAGUUGUCAUUGAGAGACUGAAUAAAAGGUUAUGUGGCUAUACUUUGUAAAUAACCAUCAGUUCAGGUUUGAAUGGCCGCUUUGAAUGUUUCAGGAAUCCACACAUUAAACUUCAGAAGCCUAAACUCA